AUGGAGAAUUCAAGAUAUCAAAAAAAGUGGUCUCGGCAUUUGACGCUAAAUGAAAUAGUUGAAAAGUUAGAAGAGGAUGAUGAAGAGGAAGUACCUGAUUCCAUUAUCAUUCUGCCUCCUGAAAACUGCAAUGCUGAUGUCACUGAUGAGGAUUCAGGUGAUGAAAACCAAGUUUCUCUAGACAAUUUACCCGGAUCUCAGUUACGGGCGCUGGGAGAAGCCUGUUUCCAGUCUGAAAAUUGUAGUGAUGAGGAUGAUGACAUACCACUCAUGCAGUUAUCUAUACGCAGACGCGUGGUUUCUACUGAAUCAGAUCUCGCUUCUCAGUCAACAUCCACCAUCGAGUCUACGGGUCAUAUUAUAACUGUCUCCAAAAAAAAGACAUAUGAUUGGGUGUCACGGGACAUUCGCCCAAGUUUUGAGCCAUGGCAACAUAUGCAGACCACCAGAACUCAAUUUAGCCCUUUACAAUAUUUUCAAUUGGUGUUUGGCGAAGACAUUAUAAAUAUGUUUGUACAUUACACAAAUUUAUAUGUAGCCAAAAAAAAUGCAAACACGCCUGCUGCCAAAGUCAGCAAAGACGAAAUACUUUGCUUUUUAGGCAUUCUUCUUUACAGUGGAUAUGUGGUGCUGCCUAGGAGAUCUAUGUACUGGCAAAACGCUGCAGAUUGUGGCAUGCCUUUAGUAUACAACGCCAUGUCCAGAGACAGAUUCACGUUCAUUAUGACAAAUUUUCACUGCUGUGACAAUACAAAUCUAAACACCAGUGAUAAGUUUGCAAAGUUACGUGAACUGUUUGAUUUGCUAAAUAAAAGUUUUGUUGCCAAUGCACCGUAUGAAGAACAUUAUAGCAUUGAUGAAGCGAUGGUUCCGUAUUACGGCGGUCACCCAUGUAAACAGUUUAUAAGAGGAAAGCCCAUAAGGUGGGGAUACAAGUUUUGGGUCGGAGCAACACGUUUAGGUUAUAUAGUUUGGUUUGAUCCAUACCAAGGACAGUCAACUGCUACUUCAAACAAAUAUAAACUGGCUUUGGGUUUAGGUGCAAGCGUGGUCUUGCAAUAUGCAGAUGUGCUGCAAGAAAUCAAUAAUCGAGCUCCGUUCCACUUGUUUUUCGAUAACUUCUUUACAUCCAUCUAUCUGAUUGAUGAACUGAGAGUUCGAGGAAUAAAGGCCACUGGAACUGUUCGCGAAAAUCGCACAGCUAAAUGUCCUUUGCCUACCAACAAACAACUGCAGAAGACCCCACGAGGGACAUUCAAACACCAGUCUACUAGGGCAGAGCAAAUUUUAGUAUGCAAGUGGCAUGAUAACAGCGUUGUGAGUGUUGCAUCAAAUGCCGCUACGAUUCAGCCUGUAACAAAAGUAAAAAGAUUUUCACAGCAAGAAAAAAAAUAUGUACUUGUUGAUCAGCCAUCUGUCGUUAAGAAAUAUGAUGAAAACAUGGGGGGAGUCGAUAGAUCCGAUCAAAAUAUAGGUCUGUACAGAACGUCAAUUAGGGGAAAGAAAUGGUACUUCUCUUUGAUUUGCCACGGAUUGGACAUGGCCUUACAUAAUUCUUGGCAACUAUACAAAAACAACGGAGGUGAAUAUGACUUCCUUCACUUCCGCAGAAGUGUGGCAACAGCUCUUCUGGAAACGUAUAAGAAAAGAUCAGAUCGUAAAGCAACUCGUGUCUCCCAAAAUUUUCGCGAAGAUUCCCGAUUUGAUGGAAAAGAUCACCUAAUCAGAUACAGAGACAAUCAACUUCGGUGA